AUGGAAGAAAGCGACCCUCAGACUACAAGGAAACGUCCUCGUCUCGAUAGUGGAAGUGGUGUUCGGGAGACCUGGUCGACUGGUGAGGCCUCAGCUUCUCCAACAGACGAGCAGGCGCCGGAUGAUCGUACAGCCAGUGAUCACGAAGCUCUUGCGUCGAACCGUCCUGCUAGCAGAGUCACUAUCAACGUGAAAUCCCCUACUACUCCCACUAUGACCUCCGAAAAUAUGACGUCUGCUCCCGAAGGCCCUCCUACCGUGCAACCGGAGUCGGGUGCCCCCCCCAAUGAUGAGGACGGGACCGGAACCCACGCCUCCAACGCAAUAUCCUUAUCAUCAUCGCCCGUUCAAAGUCCGGAGAUUGAGGUGGCUGAACUAGAGGAUAUGGAUCAGGAUCCUAGCACGUCGAAUUGGAAGCCGCUGGGUGAAGCGCUGGGAGAUCCGGAUGUAGUCCAGUUGCAGGACCAGCCUCCUCUGACGGAUACAUUCCCCAAGCUUCGCAGGGACUUUGAAUUACGGGAUAACUUGGAGGAGAUCUGUGCCGUUAUUGAGAAAGGACCUCCCAAUAAUGUGGCUGUUUUUCUGGCGACGAAGAAUUGGCUCGAGGACGUUGCGAAUAAUUUAGAACAGCUUACGUACGAGGUGAUAACAAUAGAUCGGGACUUCUGGGAGGAGCUCCCUGCCUUGGUGGAAAGCUUGCUGCGCAGAACGCAUGAUCUUCAACCCGAUGAAGGCCAAGAGCUUUGGACCUGUCUGGAGGAGUUCUUUCUCAGUUAUGCCCAUAUGGCGCUUCACAUGAUUGACAUGGAUACUUUGGUACUAACCAGGGCCAUCGAGGAGGACGCUGACGUUCAGGUGGCAUCGGACUUGAUAUCAAGAACCUACAUGUCAGCUCUUGGUUGGAUGCUCCAAAUUAACCAAAUCCCCUUCUAUCGUGCCAUGGAGAGAAUUUAUGGCCCGGAGGUUUCGAACUUAGUAGCUCGCCUUAACGACCAGAUUGCGUCUCCGCCCUUGGACUAUUUCCAGCAUCUACUCGAAUACACUUCCUGCAUCUUGUCCUUAAUUCCUCGUUGGCCCCAACUUGCACCCCACUUAGCGUCAGUCACCACCCUUGUACAUGUUAUUGUGGAGUCUUGGAGCGAGCGGAAAGAGUUCAAAGCGGAAGAAGCUUUGGUCGAUUCUCGUGUUAGUCCGGGUGUCAUGAAGGCGGCUUCUGGCUUGGUCCGAGCUAUCGAUGAAAAAUAUCAGGAGAGCAUAACCAAAAAGUUACCGUGGGUCACCAGUGAUGUCAGUGAUUUGAUGCUGCGCAACGUUUCGUGGACAUAUUUCGCCCUAUCCCUACGGAACUCGGAUCUUGCAGAGCAGAUUAUCACGGACCUUGCACUUGACUUGCCGGGCGGCAUAACGGCGGAGGAACGUGCGUUCCUCAUUCAUUAUGCUUGGAAAUUCUCUAUCCUCAAAAAACAUAUCAUCGAUGGUCGUAUGGAGCUGAGGGUCCACGGCAUGGAGACAAUGCAAUUGGACCUCGUCCAAGCGUGGAGGCAGUAUAUUCAACACGAUCCCGAUGGGAUAGAGCACCCCGUUGUCCAAUUUCUGGCUGUUACAGAAAGCCCUGAUCCCCGAGCUGUGUCGGAUAUCUUGACCAUGCUCUCACGAACGUUCCACAUGCACCUGGCAACUUCCCCGGCACUACUUUAUUUGUGCUCCAAGCUCCUGGAGCUUCCGCUAGCUCGCUUCGAUACGCAGAUGCUUCUCUUUUGUGAAGAGCUGUUCCGUCAGAUACGCGAUAAACAUGAGGAGAGACACCAAUUGUUGGAUACGCCGCAUGUGGAUGCGAUCCCAUUGCGUCUGUGCGUGCGCCUCAUCCGUGAGAGUGCUGCGGCGGACGAUUUGCCUGAUGAGCAGAAAGCUCAGUUGCAAAAGUUUGCCAGCUGGCAGCUUAGCUUGUUUAUGACUGUCGGGUUAAGUGAGUCGGAUAAACUGGAUACAUAUGAGCGAUGCGUCCAGGAUAUUUCUGAGAUGAAUCGGUUCGCUGUGGGAAGCAUGCAGGCUUUGACAGCCAUUCUCACUCCUUACGACUCCCAGCAGAUCCAUAAACUUGCCUCGGAAUUUGACCUGACACGCCUGGUGGUUCACGAGAUAGCCCAUGCGGUCGAUAAAAACCACGCGGACUCCCAGGAUUCAUUCUCGGAAACCGCAUUUCUUUCCCGUGUCGUCCUAUUAACACGGAUUAUCGACAAGGUCCCGGAAUCUGUCACUGCGGAUCUUUCUGACUUGUUGUGGCAUAAGGUCUUCAUGUCGACGAAACUCACUCAACAGGGGAGAAAGGCCCUCUGGGAAAUGUUAUGUGAUAUUAUGAAACAAAGCGUCAGGUCGAAUCCUUUCAUUGACCGGUGUAUCCACGAAUAUCUUCCAGAAUUGUCACCUACUGAGGGCUACUUUCCCGAGGUUCUCUCGUUUGCAAAACAGACUAUCACUUACGAAGCUCGCCUCAAUCCGCCAUCCAUUGCAGGCGAGAAUGAGGUCGUCUCAAUCCCCGGUAUGGAGCGCAUGUGGGAUAUCAUCCUAACUGCUCCACCUGGGUCUAUUGAAACCGAAGCGACCGCCUUCGCGAUCGACGUCUACCUCGAUCAUAAUAUAAUUCGCCGAUCUCCGCGAUCGGCGGCCGAGGCUACUCAUAUUGCAUUGGUGGACCGUUGUGUUGACCAACUCAAGUCUGCCGCAUCCAAACUGAAGCCAUCCUCGGGCGACGUUGCCAAUGAGUCGGGUGAGACUCUAACUGUGGAGCUGUCUGAAUCUAAAGUCCAGGCCGAAGAGCUCAGAUUCAGCCGUUCACUGUUGUUUCUCCGUCAAUUUCUGCAGGGACUGCGGAGUCGACCUCAAUAUAGCCCACCGCAACACUCGCCCCCCGGGCUGCCUGGCGCACCGGUGAAGGGUGACUUAAUCAGUCUCCGAUAUCAGACAUUCGAUGGUAGCGCACAAUCAGCGGUUCGCAUCUUGCAGAUUGGAGACCUCUCGACUGCGUCGGAGCUUGUCGACAGGUUCGUGCAACUCACAGGCUUUUCCAAGAUGAAUAUUAUCUUCAGCGGACGAAGAAUCGACCUUCUCGAGAAGCCUAAUCAGACCAUCCGGGAUCUCAAACUAAAUACGGCGCUGUUACUUCUUCACAGGCAUCCGGACAGCCGUGAGGUGAGCUCUACUGGCCGCCGGCAGUCUCUGACGCCCGUAGAUUCAGAAGUGCUCAAACACUUCGACGAUCUCUACGAUCUGCUCAGUCUAGAGGAUCACCUGUCUCGGGAAAUAUUUGACUUUCUUGUUGUGUUUCCUCCACAAGAUAGGGUGUUGCAGUUGGUGAAGUCGACGACCAGCACUGAACAGGAGUUGUUUCCUAUGGAUAAACCAUAUGUUCUCCUCUACUCGGUGAAUGCGUUUAUGAUAUGUUUGAGGGAGGUAGUGGAGCCUCCACCAAGCCAGGCCUUUGUCUCUCACAGUGUCAAUGUCUUGGUAGCCGCCAUAACACGUCCUGAGAUGUCCAAGUCUCUCACAGAUCAACCUACAAGGCUUAUGUUUGCCACAAGUCUGGUUGAGUGUCUUCUUCAUGCACUUUUAGUGAGGCCACCGCCAUCAGAUAACUCCAUGUCAAUUCCAAAUUCGGAAAGUUUAGUCAAGCAGGUGCUCCAUUUUAUAGACGCUGGGCAACACCUAUUGGCUUCCCAGAUGCUAGAAGAUGAUGUCAAGAAACUAAUAUGCCACUCUUUUGCUAUUCUGACCGAAGGUUCGGUCCGUGAUCAAAAGUUUUGGAGCAUGGUCAAGCAACAUGUGCAGUUCCCUCAACUCAUGUUCUCGCUCCUCCUGGAAGAGAGUCUCCCAGCAAUUCGAAAAGGCAUCUCAGAAAAUAUAGCUACUGUUUGCAGUCCUUCAAGAUUCUUGAAGAAGGGAGGUAAAUGCGUGGACACUGAAGGCCCAGAAAUGCGGGAAGAUUCAAUCCCUGAGCACCCUGCGAGGAUCGAUAUCCUUGCAACUAUUUGGGACGCUUUUGUGCAGAACUUUACCCACACUUUGGGAUACGUGCGGCAGUCCCAGGAGUUCUUCGAAAUUGCUCACCUCGUGUUUCGCUCAGUCGCUGAGAGAUCUCCACACGACCUGAUAUUUAACGAAUAUCUCAAACAGUGGAGCGGUAUCAUGUUCAGACAUCGAAGUGAAGAGUUUGUUGGACGUGAGCCUAUGGACCCUUUGAUUCUGGGAUUCUGUCGCCUUUUGAAAUCGUGCCUUGAUCUCGCUAGCUCAAGCAACACAGCCGUAGAUACGUUUGACCUGACCGAAAACCUAUUCGACAAAUACCUAUUCCCUGAUCUGUCCGCGCCGUCGUCUGAUACCAUUGUCCCCCAAAUACCUGUUUUGCACAGUCAAACCCGGCAAGAACUUUACACCGUGAUCAGUUUGCUUUGCAAGUAUAAUGCGAAUUACUCGAAAGUCGUGGAACGCCUGGAUGAUAUCAUUCCUCAGGGCUAUACAUACUCACCUGCUUGGUGUUUUGACCGUCACAGGAUGAUUCGAUCACCAGAAGGCUAUGCUGGGCUUAAGAACCUAUCCAACACCUGUUAUUUGAACUCCUUGUUAACCCAGCUUUUCAUGAACGUUGGUUUCCGCGACUUUAUUCUGCAGCUCCAUCUCAUAGACCCAGAAUCAUCUCAGAGGCUGCUGGACGAGACGAAGAAGGUCUUUGGCUACAUGCAAGAGACGUGGCUCAAGUGUGUCGACCCCCAGGGGUUAGUGGACUCAAUUCGGACGUACGACAACGAACCAGUUGAUGUUACGGUGCAGAUGGAUGUCGAUGAAUUUUACAACCUGCUAUUCGACCGAUGGGAAGCACAGAUAUCAGGCUCGCAAGAUAAGAAAAAAUUCCGGUCAUUCUACGGCGGGCAGCUGGUGCAGCAAAUCAAGUCCAAGGAAUGUCCCCAUAUCUCUGAACGCCUAGAACCGUUCUCCGCCAUCCAGUGCGACAUCAAGGGCAAAGCGAGCCUUGAGGAGAGUCUCCAGGCCUACGUCGAAGGAGAGAUCAUGCAAGGAGAUAACAAGUACUCGUGUACCUCCUGUGGGCGUCACGUCGAUGCUGUCAAGAGGGCAUGCUUGAAAGAAGUGCCAGAUAGUCUCAUUUUCCACUUGAAACGGUUUGAUUUUGACAUGGUUACUAUGACGCGCAGCAAAAUCAACGACGAAUUCCAGUUCCCCGAGCGCAUUGAUAUGAGCCCCUUCAAAGUUGAAUACCUCUCUGAGCAAAACACAGACAUUCAAGAGGACAGUUUUGAACUAGUCGGUGUCUUGGUACAUAGCGGUACAGCUGAAUCUGGCCACUACUACUCCUAUAUACGUGAACGUCCUUCUUCUAGUACUACACGGUCAUGGGUAGAAUUCAAUGACUCAGAUGUUAGUCGGUUUGAGCCCUCCAAGAUUGCAGACCAAUGCUUCGGGGGUUACAACGACAACCCGAACCCCGCCGCCAUGGGUCAAGUCCGAUACACCAAGGCUUGGAACGCCUACAUGUUAUUCUAUGAACGGGUCUCGACAAUGGAAUCGGCCAAAUCAAUCUAUAAUCCUCCGACGGAGCACUACCCUGUGCGUGUACAGCUCCCCGUGCCUCUUGCAAAUCACAUUGCAAUGGAAAAUGAAGUGUUCAUUAGGGCAUACUGCCUAUUGGACCCAUACCACGCCCUCUUUGUCCGAUAUAUACUGGGCCAGCUUCUUGAGAUGAAACACGCCGAGGAUGGGGAGAAUUCCAGGCUCAAUAAACAGAUCAUCUUUAUCGUGAUGGAUACUCUGGAGCAAUUGGUUUCGAGAGCGAGCAAUCCUCUGGGAUUGGAUGUGAUCGUCGCAGAGCUUGUUCGAGCAAUUGACGAGACUCCGAAAGCAGCCUACAGAGUCCUUCAAUGGGUGGAGCAUAAGCCAGCCAGUAUUCGCAACCUAGUUUUGAAGAGCCCCCAACCUUCCGUUCGCAACAGCUCCAUCAGGAUCUUUGUGUGUGCUCUUUCCAAGCUCCUGGAACUUCGCAAUGAAGCGGACGAAGGGAGCCUUGAGAGGGAGAAGUGGCAAAUGCGGUAUUUGGAAGGCUUUGAAAAUGUGGUGGCCACACUUGAAGGUCUCUGGUCCACACUCCAUACAGUGGGUCGGUCUUGGGACGACUAUUUUGAGUUCUUGUUGUUGCUUGCAAGUUUUGGGACCGAAGAAGCAGGAAUGGUCUUAAACUAUGGAUUCUUGCUCAAAUGCUUGGAAGUCUUAUGGGUGGAUCGGGAUGACGCUAAGAGGCUAAGACGCCAAUAUCUUGCUUAUUGCAAACUUGUUGAGAAGGGCAGAAGAUUCUCCCACAGGAAACUUACAGAGCUGUUGUCAGUGCUGCUGGCAAAUAUAGAUUUUUCUGCGCCUCCUACAGCCGAUGACGAGCGACGGGUUCUACCUACUGGCCGAUAUUCUCUCACAACAUCAGAGAGCGACUUAAUUCGACCUCUUGGGAGAAACGAUGAGUUAUUUGUAUUGAGGAGGAUCCUUCAGCAGUACAGUAGUCCGCAAGCGUGCAGGAACAUAGUCAGUGUACUUUUGGAUGCGGAGCCCGAGGCUGGCCUCUUGGAUCCGAUCUGCAAGGUCCUAGAAGAUGGACUUCGAGUGGCCCCUGCCGAUCUUUGUGCUCCAUUUCUGGAUGCAACGAUAAUAUUUUGUCGACGCGGCCCGGACGAAGAACGAAUUGCCGCCAUGCUUGAUUAUGUUGCGAAGGGUGUUGACUCUAUUAAUGAUAGUGGUGGGAAGGAGCAUCUUGCCUUCUUCACAAAUGUUAUGUCGUGCCAUAACGACCGUCUUGGCCUUAGCGAGAUAUGGUUCCUCUCUCAGCUUAUAGACAGGAUCCCAGAUUGGGUCCCGACGUUACUCAUGUUUCCGGACAGGACUAUUAGAAACAUGACCAUGGAGAUUCUACGCCGCAUCCUGUUCACUGGGGAGACUGGGGAUAUAGGCGAAGACUGGCAGUCACGCCAUGCCCAGGUUGCCCGGGAAUUAGUCUAUGCCAGUAUAGACAAACUGAGGAAGCUGUACCUCUCUGUCCCGGAGAACACUCUUGAGGCUAAAACGGUGGAAACGAUAAAAACUGUUAUCGACCACUGCGUGGACGCAUAUUUUGAUGACAGUGAACAGGAUCAGGAUAUCGCUCGCCAAGCCCACGCGGUAAUCGGGGCCGUCGAAGAAGUGGCGGUUGAUGUUCGUGAGGAUCUGGGAUCCGAAUCUGAUGUACAUUCUCCAGAGGAAUGGGACGAUAAUUCCGUGGUGAGCGACUCGGAAAUGGGAAUGGCGGGCUCUCCCUAG